CCCUCCUCUUCCUCCACCCCCUCCUCUCCCUCUUCCUCCUCCUCCCUCUCCCUCCUCCUUCCCCAAGCUCGGAGAUUCCGGAUCGAGUCCCCUCUGCAGCGUCCUGGCUCCAGGCCCGGGGUCCGGAGGGGAGGGAGUUGCAACCGCUGCAUCCGCUGCAACCGCUGCAGCCGCAGCCCUCCUUGCCUAGGGCCGGUGCGGGCCGGGCUCAGCUGGGCUGCAGGUCCUCGGCGGGAGCACCGGGAGCACCGGCGGAGAGAGCAGGGGAGCAGCAGCCGCCGGAGGGAGAGAAGCGCCCCCGUCCCCUUUCCCUUUCCCUUUUCCUUUUCUUUUCCCUUGCCGGCGCCAUGCCCCGCAUAGAGACCGAUCUCAAACUGGACUUUAAAGACGUCCUGCUCAGACCCAAAAGGAGCAGCCUCAAAAGCCGGGCCGAGGUGGAUUUGGAGUGUAGCUACACGUUUCGCAACUCCAAGCAGACUUACAAAGGGAUCCCCAUCAUCGUGGCAAACAUGGACACGGUUGGCACAUUUGAGAUGGCAGCAAUGAUGACACAUCAUGCCAUGUUCACCGCGAUUCAUAAACAUUACUCUCUGGAAGACUGGAAGGCCUUUGCCAGCGAUCAUCCAGAAUGUUUGGAGCAUGUAGCUGUGAGCUCCGGCAGUGGUCAGAGUGACCUGGAACGGAUGAGCGGUAUCUUGGAAGCCGUCCCUCAGAUAAAGUACAUUUGCCUGGAUGUCGCCAACGGCUAUUCGGAGCACUUUGUGGCAUUUGUAAAAGAGGUCCGGGCAAAAUUCCCCAACCACACCAUCAUGGCAGGUAAUGUGGUGACAGGAGAGAUGGUCGAGGAACUCAUUCUGUCUGGAGCUGACAUCAUCAAAGUGGGAAUUGGACCAGGUUCCGUGUGCACCACCCGCCACAAGACUGGCGUGGGCUACCCUCAGUUCAGCGCUGUGAUCGAGUGCGCCGACUCCGCCCACGGCCUCAAGGGCCACAUCAUUUCGGAUGGAGGCUGCGUUUGCCCGGGAGACGUCGCCAAAGCCUUUGGUGCCGGCGCGGAUUUCGUCAUGCUCGGGGGCAUGUUUUCCGGCCACACGGAGUGCGCCGGCGAGGUCAUCGAGAAGAACGGCCGCAAGGUGAAGCUGUUCUAUGGGAUGAGCUCCGACACGGCGAUGAAGAAGCACGCGGGCGGCGUGGCCGAAUACAGGGCCUCCGAGGGCAAGACGGUGGAGGUGCCGUUCCGGGGCAGCGUGGAGAACACCAUCCUGGACAUCCUGGGUGGCCUGCGGUCCACCUGCACCUACGUGGGAGCGGCCAGGCUCAGGGAGCUCCCCCGCCGGGCCACCUUCAUCCGCGUCACCCAGCAGCAUAACACCGUGUUCGGCUAACCGCCACCCGCCCGGCCCUGCCUCGUCAUCCCCGUCCCCCCGCCUCCGCCCGCCCACCCCGUCCUACUCCCUCCCCGGGGGCUCGCCGGGCAGCGGGUCCCUUCCUCUCCCGGCCCCAGCAGGGGGCCUUGGCUCCUUUCCCAGAAUUCCCUGCCGGAGCCACACAAGAAGGGCCAAGCGGGCAGUCUCGGCCCGCUCUGGCCACCGCCGCCUUCACCGGGCACAACCCGCGCACCUCGGGCGAGAGAGGACGGAGCCGUCCUUGAGAAGGCCGUGCGUAGCGUCCGGUCUGCUCCCGGCGGGCCUUCUGCCUGGCCCAGAGGGGAGGGACGGUCCUGGCCAGCCGGGGAAGCCUCCGAUCCCAACCCCCUCGCCGGAACCCAUUCCUACACCCGGGGGCCCAGAGGCCACUACCGGCUGCUCCCCGAGAGAGCCCAGAAAGGGCUGGCCUUCCCAAGGGCGCCCUACCGUUUGGAGAAUCCACACCCCAUCCCGCCUGAAAGGAAACGAGGAUUUCACCCUGGCAGCUUCACUUUAGGCGGGUCCCGCCGAGAGGAGGGAGAGCAGUAGCUAGUACCUCAGCUUCCUCUGAAACCUCUUCCCCUCCGCCCCUGGAGAUGAAAGCCGGCGGACCCCAACAUCCAUUUUGAUAGCUGACCCCUCCUAGGGCGGUAAGAGGAGCAGCGAUGGUUUGGAGCGAGCGUCAGCUGCAUGCAGAGCACCGUCCUAAACGCGCAGGCAGCCGAGGAGAACCACGAGGCACGUUCCCUCCCCACCGGUUUCUAAACGGACGGCGGAGACGGACUUGACACUAUUUAUGGAGUGAAAUCAGAAUAAAUAAUGAAACGUUAAA